AAACACUAAAUUUUCUGUUGUUUUUUUUAAUGAAUUUGUUUUUUUUGUUUGAAACAAUUUAAGAUUUACACCAAAAAAAUGGAAGCUGUACGAAAAUCAUUACAUUGUCUAUCAUCACCAGAUUAUAUUUGUCAGGAUAUAUUCUCGUUACUUGAACAAGAAUUCAAUGAAUAUGAUCAAAAUCUGAUGGCAAUCAUUCAACGAGAUCGAUUGUUUAUAUUGACGCUAUUGAAAAAUGCAAAACUAUUCCAAGAUCGAUUGGAUGAAUUGAAAUUACGAUUACAACAAUUACGACAACGAUUAAUACAAUGUCAAUCAUGUUUUCAAUUCGAUAAUCAAAUUAGCCAAUUGUGGAUCGAAAUUAUCGAAAAACGUUCUUUAUUAAAUCUUUUAAAAUAA